AUGAAUGGAAUCAUAGUAGUCGUAAUCAAUAUAGCAGUACUGCUGAAACUGAAGCAGGUAGAAUCAGUAAACGAAGAGGGGGGACAGGAACAACCGAAACAUUACCUGUCGAAGGAAGAAGUGAUGGAAAUGCUGCAAGACUCAGUAAGAUCGUUGAUAGAGGCGGACGGAAGCGACUCGAACGAUGAUCAGAAGUUGCUGAGGUACUUCACAAUGGUGAAGUCACUGGGAUACUGUAUGGCAGGAGGAGAAAUGAAAAAGCAUGAGCUCGUGACGUGUUUGAACACAGUCAUAGGGGAGCUAGGAAUAACGCCGCCGGCUCCGUUCAUGAAGUGCCUGGGCGAAUACAUAAUGUGCUCCAGCAGAGUGUGUUUCUCAUCAGUCCUGGAAAAGAAGGCAGACAGCGAAACAUCGAAGAGGAGGACCAGUCCCACUAAGAUUCAAAGGAGUGUGAAAAGAGGAAAUAUAUGUAAAAUACUGUUUAGUGUGUAUACCAUAUCUAAACUGUGUUCUCACAGCCAAAUAAGAACUACAUGA